AUGCCAGUGCCCCUUUUCGUGGUCUACGUCUUUAUGGCUUUAGCAAUAAAUGAGCUCAUCUGCAGCUUUACCUUGAACACCGGGUCCCGGAUAUUGCAUUCAACCCUCCCAUUAGCGGCCCAAAGAAAUCAUAUCCACGAACGUUGGAUCUUUAUCAAUGGAGUUACAGUUGGAACCCAUUGGAUGCAGAACAGUGUCAACCGCCUCUCUCAGAUAUUCCUUCGGCCUGUCAAAGGAAUCCAUAGUCCUACAUCGGGUCUUGUUUUCGAUUUAAUCAAAUGCCUGAUUCAACGGAACUUCUGCUAUGCAACGCAAGACGUGAGAGAUUCGUACGAGCUCAUCAAGGAGACUCUUUGGGAUGACGAUUGCCACAAGUUGAUCCUCAUCGCUCACAGCCAGGGAGGCAUAGCGACAAGUCUAAUCGUUGACUGGCUCGUGGGUGAGAUAUCUCAGGAGCAUCUGCAGAAGUUGGAGAUUUACACAUUUGGCAAUGCCGCAAAUCAUUUCAAUGAUCCACGGCGGCUGUUUCCAGGGGAAGACGGUCAUACCAGCCUGCCGCGGCCCAGAGACCGAGGGCCCGCAGCCGGUCAAUUUCAGAAGGUUAUCCUUAAUUCAGUGGCGCCUCAAAAUGCUCAACCGCAAGCGGAGGCGAGGACCCGUCCACGAUCAUUCAGCAUGAUUGAUGAGGUAGGACAAAGCGCAGCUGCUAUAGCAGCAUCACAGCGACCCAUUCCCCCUCCAAUUAGCGGGGGCGAAGCCGGUUGGCAACGCUUUCCCUUCAUCGAACAUUAUGCCAACUCGCGGGACUUCGUGUGUCAAUGGGGAGUUAUACAUUUCAUUAACCUGAGAAAUCGGUACCUCGGCCAUCUCUUCCAGAGGCAGGGUUCUGGCCAUCUGUUUGUCCAGCAUUAUCUCGAUCCCAUGUUCCCCCUUGCUGCUCCGGGGUUUUCAAGCGUGCAUAAUGUUUUCGUGGCCUUCAUCGUAGAGGAUCCUGUCAGUGCUCGACCAGCUGUUCACUGCCGCCACAAUGAUCCGGCCUGGCACCUGAGUCGCUUGUGGAGAUAUCGAAACGGCCGUUCGCCAUUGGAUGACUACGGGUUCUAA